ACCCCUCGCGUCUCCCGGCUUUGCACUCAUCCCUUGUGCCUUGUGCUCAUCACUUCUUCUUCUUGCCUGCUAAGAUCUCUUGCUUUCUUGCUUCUGCUUGUGAGCGAUGGCCAGCCUCACCGAUCUCGUUAACCUCAACCUCAGCGACUACACCGACAAGAUCAUCGCCGAGUACAUCUGGGUUGGAGGAUCCGGCAUAGACCUCAGGAGCAAAGCAAGGACGGUAGAAGGUCCCAUCACCGAUGCAAGCCAGCUGCCCAAGUGGAACUACGACGGCUCCAGCACCGGGCAGGCUCCCGGAGAGGACAGCGAAGUCAUCCUCUACCCUCAAGCCAUUUUCAAGGACCCGUUCAGGAGGGGCGACAACAUCCUUGUGAUGUGCGACUGCUACACACCACAAGGAGAGCCAAUCCCCACUAACAAGAGGCACAAUGCUGCCAAGAUCUUCAGCCACCCGGACGUUGCAGCUGAGGUGCCAUGGUACGGUAUUGAGCAGGAGUACACUCUCCUUCAGAAGGAUGUGAGCUGGCCCCUUGGCUGGCCUGUUGGUGGCUACCCUGGCCCUCAGGGACCAUACUACUGUGCUGCCGGUGCCGAUAAGGCCUUUGGGCGCGACGUCGUUGACGCGCACUACAAGGCCUGCCUCUACGCGGGGAUCAACAUCAGUGGCAUCAACGGGGAAGUCAUGCCUGGCCAGUGGGAGUUCCAAGUUGGCCCAUCCGUCGGGAUCGCCGCUGGUGACCAGAUAUGGGUGGCCCGCUACAUUCUUGAGAGGAUCACUGAGAUGGCCGGAGUUGUGCUCUCCCUCGACCCGAAGCCGAUCAAGGGUGACUGGAACGGUGCCGGUGCCCACGCCAACUACAGCACUAAGUCGAUGAGGGAGCCUGGUGGCUACGAGGUGAUCAAGAAGGCGAUCGAGAAGCUCGGGAAGCGGCACCAGGAGCACAUCGCCGCGUACGGCGAGGGCAACGAGCGCCGCCUCACCGGCCGCCACGAGACCGCCGACAUCAACACCUUCAAAUGGGGCGUGGCGAACCGCGGCGCGUCCAUCCGCGUGGGCCGCGACACGGAGAAGGAGGGCAAGGGCUACUUCGAGGACCGCAGGCCGGCCUCCAACAUGGACCCCUACGUCGUCACCUCCAUGAUCGCCGAGACCACCCUCCUGUGGAAGGGAAACUAAGCAAGAACAUGACCGUUGGCACGCUAUCGUCAGGGGUGACAGUCUGUGUAACACGUAUGCCUGUAUCCACUGUGAUGUCAGUUGGAUUUUGAUUUCCAUUUCGAUCUCGUCGCGUCGACAGGUCAUUGAUAGUCUGUUUUGGCGUCAUCUUGAAUUACUUCAGUUUACUCUGAAUAAUGGCCGUAACGGAUUUGCUUA